AUGGAGUGUGCAGCAAGAGCAGAGCCAGGUCAAUGCUGGAGCUUUCAUGCAGCAACAAAAAACUGUCUCCUUUUCACUGCAUGCAGCUCUCUUGAGGAUGCUGAUGGGUUUGUCUCUGGGGCCCCAGAUGCUGCAGCAGCAGAAGAAGGAGACAAAGAGGAACCAGAGGAGGAUGCUGAGGAAGACAGAGAAGAGGAUGGAGACCCCCUAGAACCCCUAGAGCCUGAGGUCGAUGGAGAGGGACCCCUCACUGACCACGUUUGGAGACACAUAGGGGACUGCUGCUUCUUGCAGCAGCUGUCUCUCGUGCUGCAGCAACAGCAGCAACUGCAGCAACUGCAGCAACUACAGCAGCAGCAGCAGCAGCAGCAGCAGCAAGCCUCAGGCAGCAGCAACAGAGGAGACAGUGAACACAAACUGUCUCCUUUUUGCUGUUCUUAUAUAUAA